ACACUUUCUGGGCAAUUCUACUGAAAAUUCGAAAAAAAUCAAGUUUUUUUAUUUUAAAUGAUUCAGGGUCCAAAUUCUUUGAAUUUCUUUGUGGUUGUCUCAGUUCUUCAAAAUUACGACUCCCCUUUGAUAUUCAGCCCCUUUUUCUCACCCCACUCUAUGGUCAAAUUGUAGAAAAUCAGCUGAUUCCUAAAACCUGAGAUUUAGACGUCGCUCGCUGCUUCCCGAGGCAUCAUUUUGAUCCUUGGAGAUUGCCUGAAAUGCCUAUUAUGAAUUUGCCUACAUUAUCAUGCCUACAGUACGAGGAAGAGGCUCAAAUGUCGUUGGGUGUGUUUGAGCAACAUCAACCAAUCACGGGAUGGUUGAUUUCUGCUGGUCCAAUCAGAUGAAGAGUUUCCAUAACAACAAGCUACUUUCAGCCUGUGUAUCGAUAUUCUAACUGUGUGUAUGAACAUAAGUGUGAGCAACUUCGAUUAGAAAACCGUUAUUUCACACGUCAAAAGUUACCAGAAUCUCGUGAAAAGAAGUUAGUUUUAUUCGCCAAUAUGUCGUCCGAGGAUCAAUCCAAUCUAAAAAGGAAAUUUUCGAGUAAAAGACGAAGUAAGAAGAAGUUUAGAGGAGUUAGGCCAAGCGAGAUCGUUUGCCAGGAAAGUGAAGAGCAAGUGGAGCAGCAACUAGCUGCUGAAAAUGUCCAGUCUACUAAGGACAUCCAAGACGAUGUGCAAGGUGCUAGUGCACGGAAGCUUUCUGCCCAAAUUGAGCCCAACUUUAAAUCUGAAGGCUUUCGUAUCAUAAGUAUGGAAUUUCUGCAGUCACUUCUGGAUAUCACUGCAGUUUGCCAGAAAUGUAAAUAUGGCAAGCUUCAAGUGAAGGAAGAAACAGAGAAAAAAAUGGGACUGGCAUCAUUGAUUGUUGCAGAGUGUCAGCAAUGUUUGAAGAGGGUAGAAAUGUACACCUCUCCCAACUGCAAAAAUUCAAAAGGGUUUGAAAUAAACCGUAGAGCUGUACUUGGUGCAAUGGAAAUUGGGGGUGGAGAGACAUCUCUUUUGAAGCUUUGUGCUUAUUUGAACAUUCCCUCCCCAAUGUCGCAUGACACAUACAGCUCAACUAUGAAAAGCAUACAAGGUUGUCUAAAAAAUAAGGUAGCAGAGAACAUGAGAGAUGCUGCCAAAGAGGAGAAAGACCAGGAGACCAACCACACCGAGUGUAAUGUGAUGCUUGAUGGUACCUGGCGAAAAAGAGGUUUUUCCUCUCUGCAAGGUGCGGUUACUGCCAUCUCAGCAAAGACAGGAAAGUGUCUUGAUUUUGAGACACUAAACAAAGUGUGCCAUGGUUGUUCAACCUGGAAGUCCAAGCCAGAUUGUCCAGAGAAAGAGAAAUGGUUGGCUGAGCACAACUGUACAACAAAUUAUCAUGGCUCAGCUCCAGCUAUGGAGCCAGAGGGAGUGAAGAGAAUCUUCCUCCGAUCAGAAGAACUUCACCAGUUGCAGUAUACUGGAUACAUUGGAGAUGGUGACUCCAAAGCAUACAACAAUGUAUCCAGCCUAAAGCCAUAUGGUGAGAAAACAAUAAAAAAGCAUGAAUGUGUUGGACAUGUGCAAAAACGCCUUGGAACUGCACUUCGUAAAGUGAAAACAAAGUAUGCUGGACAGAAAUUGAGUGAUGGUAAAUCAAUAGGGGGCUAUGGUAGGCUAACAGCUGAUAGAAUUGACAGACUGCAAACCUACUAUGGCCUUGCUAUCCGCCGUCACAAGAAUGAUUUGGAGGGAAUGAAAAAAGAAGUUUGGGCAGGACUUUAUCAUUCUGCUUCAACAAAUGAUGAGCCCCAGCACCAAUAUUGCCCUGAAGGGCCAGAGACAUGGUGUAAAUUUAACAAGGCAGCUCUCAAGUCUGAAUCUUAUAAUCAUUCAAAGCCUCUACCCAAAGCAGUGAUGGAAGUUUUGAAGCCAAUUUAUGAACGGCUUUCUAAAGAUUCAGUACUUGAAGGUUGCCUUGGAGGCUACACCCAAAACAGCUGCGAGUCAUUGAAUCAUUUGAUUUGGGCUAGAUGUCCAAAGACUAUGGCCUCUGGAAAAGUCCAUCUUGACUGUGCUGCUGCUGCUGCUGUAAUUGUGUUUAAUAGUGGGAAUAUGGCCAUGUGUGGUGUCCUUGAAGAGCUUGGAGUUGAACCUGGGCGCCAUACUGCCCAUAUAUUACAAAAGCUAGACAGAAAAAGAGUAAAAGAGAGCAAUGCCAGUGCAACAGAAAAGAACAAAAAAAUCAGAAAAACUAGAAGGACCCAUGGAAAAGCUGCAGAUGACAGAAUGCAGCAAACUGAAGGACUAACUUAUGCAUCUGGAAGUUUUUAAUUCAUCUUGUCAUUAUAUUUCUCAAAAAUUGACAUGACCGACUUUUUAAUUGCGUUUUUCUCGAACGUUAUUUUUACGCUUAUGUUCAAUUUUGUGACACAUGUUUUAUGCUGAUCAUAAGGAGAAUAUAUAUGAAAAUUGGCUGACAUGUACUAUUUUUCAUGCUCUACACAAUGAUAGAGAGAUAAAUCACAUUAAUUUAGUCUGGAAAAAUCCUAGAUACCCUGAUCAUGCUUCAUUUUAUCAAUUUUGCGAUGCACAGAUUUCCAAUACUGAUUUCACCAAUUUUUUACAACAUUUGAAAAAAAUAUAUCUAUAGUUGUGAAAAGUAAUGUUUUAAGAUACUUAAUCUAAAUUAUCAGACAUGUGCUAGGAGCUGGAUGGUUACAAUUUGUGUCAGUACUUUAACACAAAUUUCGUGAUGUCACACAUCAGGUAUUCUAUUGUUUUUGGAAUUUUUGUUAUAAAUUUGAUUUUUUGUACCAAUAUUACUUUUUGACCAAAACAUGUGAAGUUCAGGCUACCCCAACUGUGAAUUCCAGCCCAACCCAGAAAGUGUCCUUA